AUGCCAGAGACCAUGUACAAUCCCAGUGAGCAAGCCCUCCCUCGUGAUGGCAACGGGAACAUCGACGUCAACACAUGGGCAAGGGACAAUCUUGACCAAGACAUGAUUACCGAGAACGUAAGAGAUCUUGAGGCUCAGAAAGAGCGACUCCACAAAGACUUCGUCCAGUACGCUACACAAUGGCCCGAGGACACCCUCGUCAUCCUUUGCGCAGAGGGCUACGAGUUCCACCUACUCGCUCCGUGCCUAUACUUUACGGCUAAGAGAUACAAGCAACACGCUGCUUGCCACACAGUUCCAAACUCACCGACACUAAUCAUCGAUCUUCCCUUCCACGACUGGAUGGUCAACGCCGCUGUCACCUUCUGGAAAACCCACUCGCUUGCCGUCCCCUCGCAUGAUAGCGUGAACUCUCUGGGAGAAGGCGCGGGCCAUCCUCAGCGAACGCAGCGGUCGUCGCUACUGCGGCUAGUGCGCAUGGUGAACGUCGCCAUCUACACCCAAGACCCCACCCUCCUCUCCACCAUCUACGCUACCAUCCGAUCUCGACUUGUCAACGGCGAGUACGACGAUGAAGAGUUUCUUGACGCAGUGAAGUUCGUGUGGUGCAAGCGGCCGGUGUCUUGGGAACGGUAUGAAGCAGUGCGGAAGAUUCUGCUAACGGAGUUGCUGAGGGUGAGGGGGAAAGUGUGUGAGAGGCUCGAGAAGUACUUCCAACAUGUUGUAGAGGAGAGUGGGGGCGAGGAGGGUGCAUUUAUGAUGGCUUUCAAUUUGGGGCAGAUUUGGUGGGAGGAGAAUGAGCAUGAUACUGCAUUAUAA